UCCUUAAUUUAAAUGAGUACUUAAUUGAAAAUACUGUCUUUUUAUAUUGCAUUUGACAAAAAAAUACUAUCGUAGAUAUUCCCAUCAAUUUAAUAUUUGAAUCUGUGACCAACAUUUAUUACGAAAUAUUCAUUUUUAUUUCAAUUUUUAUCGUAUUUUUAUUUUUACAUUAAAUUAUAUGUAAAUAUAUAAAUACGUCUUUUGUUUUUACAUCAACAAGAUUUAGUUUAAGAAUAUAGUUUCAUUGAUAUAUAUGUUGCUUCGAACGUAUAUAAAUAGUAACGCAACUAAUCUUAAAUAGACUAUUUAUUAGUUUUGUUACUGUAAAAUGAUGUAUUAUUUACAUCUAGUACAGAGACUUUUAUAUCUUACGUAAUAAACAAAUAUAAAACAAAUAUGUAAUAUGUAUUGUAAAUAUUGAAGGAUGAAUUUCAUACAGUUCACUGCAUUUUAAUAAGUGCUGAAAGAUGACUCAUGCCAUCGAGACAAUUUUGUAAUGGUGAACUCUACACCAUAAUUAAAAAAAAAAAAACUAAAAUUUAUUAUUUUAAAUUGAUCAAUUGGCAGUCUAUCGCAUUGCAACUAAGUAAGAAUGUUACUAUAAGAAGAUAACAUUAAAUUAACAAAAUGUGUUUUAACAUAAAGUAUAAUAUUAAAUAAUAAUUCAUAAUUAGUUCUGAGAAGUAAAGACGUUUCUUUCUCAAUAAAAAAUUCUCAAUAAAAAAAACAAAGCUUGAAAUAUAUGGUAAGAAAAUUGUAUUGUUUUUGUCAUUGCACAAUUAUCUAAGAAAUAAAAACAUUAAACAAGUUAUUUAGAUGCCAUUAAUUGUUUCUUCAGAUACGCCCUGUAUGCUUCUAAAUUGAGCAAUCAACAGCGUUUUUGUUUUCUAUUAACUAUCGUGUCAUAACCAUACAUCAAACUAAAUUGUAAUUCAAAAUGUCGUGACGUACAUACAUAUAUAAAAUCUUUUUUAGGAAAAUACAAAUUAUAAAAGAUGUAAUUGGUACAAAAUUAAUAAGUUAUGAGAAACAGACGCAAUAAAAGGUACUUUUAAAUCAUGACUUUACCGCCACUGUUUAACUGUCAUUUCCCACCAUAUAUAAAAGAUUGUUACAAUAACGAAGUCGAUAUAUUAUGGUACCACCCCAACUUUACACAAAGCCGUUAUCCACCAGGACAGGAGAUAAGCGAAGCCUGUACCCUUAUAUGUUUGCUUGUGGCUGCACGAAUAUCAAGAGAAAAUUUAUUGAUUUAUGACAUAGAAAAUUGUCCGAAGUUGAGUAUUAUUGUUGCAGAAGCUAUAAUAGAGGGUAAUAAGAUUCACGCGUGGCUUAUCAAGAAUAAACUCAUAUCAGAUCCAUAUUUGAAUACUGAAGAAGCUUUAAAGUAUGGGAACAAAAGUUUAAACAAAUUAAAAGAAUGGAAAUUUAAUAUCUUUCACGAGGAAAUAGAAGCAAGCUUGUAUAAAAAUAUAAAUAUAUUCUUACAUGAAUGGUAUAAAGCUCCGAAAGCUCACACUUUAUUUAUGCUGUUAAUCACAUGUGGACGCACUAUAUUAUUCAUAUUUCAAGAAAGUACUUAUAAGGUCAUGUUGUUCGAUUCGCACAGUCACACUACUGUUAAUUCAAAUCGUGGUUUAAUUAUUGCUCAGACAACUAUUGAUAGAUUGGAAUUAUUAUGCAACUGGUACAAUCAGGAUGUAUUAAAGAAUUGCUACAAUACAAAAGCUGAUAAAUAUGAACUAGCUUUUUUAUAUUUUUACGAUGCACAAUGCAGUGGCCAUAAUAAAGUUUCAUGCAGCUGUUCAAAAUCUCAUAAAAUAUAAUCACAUAUUAUAACCAAGGUAUUUUA